CUUUAACUCUGAGUUCAAGCUGGCCAUCGCUGCUUUCAAGGAACUGCUACAUUUUUCCUUUGUCUUGCUGAUAAUAAACCGUGGGCAACGGUGAAGAUGAAGUUUGAGAAUAUCCUGGAAGAAAUUGACAGUUUUGGGCCUUUCCAAAUCGCCAUCAUCAUCCUGCUGUGCGCCCCUCGGAUAGUUCUGCCCUGUCACUUCUUAUUGAAUAACUUCAUCGCCGCGUUGCCUCCUCACCGCUGUGACAUCAGCACGCUAGGUGAUGGAGGACUCUUCAGGAAUUUAACCCAGGAGCAGCGACUGACCGUCAGCCUUCCUGUGAGAGGAGAUGGCGGCCCAAGAUCCUGUGAGAUGUUCGCAGAGCCUCAGUUUCAGCUCUUAGCCAACAGCUCUGGCAGCGCUGACCUGCCGACCGUUCAGUGUCAGAGUGGAUGGGUUUAUGACAACUCCACCUUCACCUCCACCCUGGCAACAGAGUGGGACCUGGUCUGUGAUAGAAAAAGCCUGACACAAACCACAGGCACAAUCUUCUUUUUUGGAGUGAUGAUAGGGGCCAUUGCUUUUGGAUUCCUCUCUGAUAAGUAUGGGAGGAAAAACACUCUUCUGGCCUCGUACCUCAUGGCCAUCGUGUUUGGUUUCGCCAGUGCGUUUGCAAACUCCUACAUUCUGUUUGCAGUGCUGAGAUUUCUCACUGGGUUCGGACUGACAGGAAUCAGCAUCAACUCCAUUGUUCUCAGCAUUGAGUGGGUCGACACAAGUCACAGGUCAUUUAUCGGUGUGAUUGGCAGCCUGUCCUGGUCUGCUGGUAACAUGCUGCUGGCUGGGUUUGCCUUCCUGGUAAAUGACUGGCGGACACUGAUCAUGACCGUCACAGCUCCACUGGGCUUUGCAGUUUUGACCUGGUGGUGGAUUCCUGAAUCUGCCCGCUGGCUUUUGGCCCAUGGGAAAGUGGAAAAAGCUCACUUUUACCUUGACAAAUGUGCCAAGUUCAACAAAAGACAAAAAGUGUUAUCCAAAUUAAAAUUGGAGACACUCGCCAACGUAGAAGUCCUGGAAAAGCAAGACCAAAACUACACAUACCUUCACCUUAUCAAGACCCCGAAGAUGAGACAGUUGACUCUACUGACUGGGAUCGUGUGGUAUGGAGUGGCCUCGACGUAUUAUGGAAUCAGCUUGAACAUCAGUUCAUUUGGUUUAAACAUAUACCUCACACACUUCAUCUAUGCUGCCAUUGAAGUCCCUGCCAAGCUGGGGAUCUAUUUCUUUCUCAACAUCGUUGGACGCAGGAAGUGCCAAGCAGGCACGCUGUUACUGACAGGAAUCUGCAUUGCCAUAAACUUGUUUUUACCACAAGGUCUGUGGCAUGUGCGUGCUGUUGUUGCCAUCCUUGGAAAAGGCCUGUCGGAAGCUUCCUUCACGACCGUCUUCCUCUACACAACAGAGCUUUACCCCACAGUCGUCAGACAAAAUGGUUUGGGCUACACCAGCUUCAUAAGUCGUCUGGGAGUGUCAGUGGCUCCGCUCGUCCUGAUGCUGGAGGACGUGUCGACUGUUCUUCCUCAGAUCAUCAUCUGCUCUGUGGCCUUCAUUUCUGGCCUGGUGGCUCUGCUGCUUCCAGAGACGCUGAAUGUGAGGCUGCCAGAGACAAUCGACGACAUUGAAAAGCCAAGAGGAAAUGAGGUCUCCUCUCUCUCCGUGGAGUCUCCAGCUGUUAACCUGGAAUCAAAGAGCACAACUGACAUUGAGCAGUGAUGAAACAAUCAAAGCAAGGAUUUUGUUUUAUGUACAUACGCAUCAGACAGACUUAUUAUGUACUUACUGCCUUUUACAACUGAGAUGAGCCCACUGUUCAUAUUGUGAUGGAAAUCUUAGAGCUAGUUCCCUCGAGACAGAAGAAGUUUCGGCGGACCCAGAUGUCUUAGGCAGUAACACUUAUUGAAGCUCGAUCGAGGAGAACAGGGAAACACCACGUGUGAAUUCACAGCGUACUGCUACCAAAUUCUGAAGAUGGUGUCCUUGAGCACAGUAUUUAACCUUCCCCAGACCAGCUAAGUUCCGCUAUAUGCACUUAUCCUAUUCGUAUUAGUUUGUAGCACUUAUUGUAUUCGUAUUAGUCUGUUGCAAUUAUUGUUUUCGUAGUAAUUUGCUUCUGCACUAUACUUUUGCUCUGGUUUAUGCUUUAAGAUGCUUGUUUAAGAAAGGAGAUGCACUUAUGACUUCUGGUGACUAGUAGUUCUCUUGAAUACCUAUGUUGAAUACACUUAUUGUGAGUCUCUUUGGAUAAAAGCGUCUGCUAAAUGCCUGUAAUGUAAUGUAAUGUAUAUCCAAAUAGGGUUAGUUCUACAUCAGCCUGGCAUGUGUGAGGAUUCUAUUGGAUAUAAGAUCUAAACAAGGAAACACACCUACCUUUGCUGUGCUAGCAACAACAUAGCCUCUGUACAGUCUCUCUUAUCCGGUGUCUCCAACCAGACGAUAGCCUGUUGAGUCUAAACCGAAUACAAAAGGUUUCUAGCUGACCUUGGCCUACAAGCUGCCAUAGCCAGCUCGGGCUUAUCAGGCACAUAGAUUGAGACAGGCGAGGAGAGACAGACAGUUGACCUGACCUACAGACAGUUACCUUUAACCUACAUGAGGGAAGUU